UGGGAUGACUUCUUGUCCUGUUUCAGGCAUAUAUAUUGUGACUUUCUUCCAUGUGUAACUUUUCUUAUUUAUUUCAGAAAUGAGGGUUCAUUAACAUCAACUUUAAGAACACUUCUAUUCUUCACAGCUCUAAUGAUCACAUUACCUGUUGGGCUGUAUUUUUCAUCAAAGGCUUAUGUAUUUGAAGGUACCUUAGGAAUGUCCGACAGAGACAGCUAUUUUUAUGCUGCCAUAGUUGCUGUAGUUACUGUUCAUGUGGUACUUGCUCUCUUUGUGUACGUAGCCUGGAAUGAAGGCUCUCGACAGUGGCGGGAAGGCAAACAGGACUAGAAUGAAGAUCAUCAUCUGAUGCCUACGGACUGUAAAUCAAACUUUUGUGAGCUGAAGGAAAAGCAUUCUUCAAAAUGUAUAAUACACAUGUACAAAGAUGAGGCUAAUACCUCAACUCUGGUUAGAAUAAGACUUGUGCUUGUC